AUGUGGUUGGCAAGAAAUCAAGCUGGGGAAAGAAGAGCAGGGAAUGGGUUGGUGGCGGUGGCAAUAGACAGAGACAAAGGCAGCCAAAUUGCAAUGAAAUGGAGCAUUGAACAUCUCCUCCAGAAGGGCAACACCGUCUUUCUCAUCCAUGUCAACCUCAAAUCACCCUUGCAUUCCUCACCUUCUCUUCAUUCCCCAAGAGUAAACAAUAUUGGUGGUUUUGGGGGUGAGAACACACUGGUAUGCGGAGAUCCUGAUCAACAAACCAAGGAAUUGUUCCUUCCUUUUCGUUGUUUUUGUACACGUAAAGACAUCCAUGCAAAAGAUAUCGUACUUGAAGACACAGACGUAGCAAAGGCAUUAACUGAAUAUGUUAGUCAAUCUUCUAUUGAGAAUCUGGUUGUUGGCGCCUCAUCAAAAACUGGCUUUCUUAGAAGAUUCAAGACAUCGGACAUUCCAAGCUGUAUAUUAAAAGGAGCACCAGAUUUUACGAAUGUUUAUGUGAUAUCCAAGGGAAAGAUUCAGUCCAUGCGAUCUGCCUCACGCCCUGCACCAUCCUUCUCUCCCUUACGUUACCAACUUGUUAAUCAAGACAGCAUCAAAUCAGAUACAUCCGACAGGGAUUCAAAUGUCAAAGGAGCCGAUAAGCCGCCACCGCCAUCUGAGCCUGCACAAGAAGAGACGGACGUCAUUAGGUCACCAUUUGUUGGGAGAGGGUUGAAUGGGAAGUCGUAUGGGGAACUAGUUAUGCCGGAGAGUGACAUAUCCUAUAUCAGCUCGGGGAGGCAUAGCGUUGACCGGAUACUCACUUCAGGUUACGAGAGUCUAGAUCCUGGUGGCAGGAUUCCCCCACGGAUGUCACACUCAUCAGAUAUUGACCUUAACCAGGGCUUUGAAUCACCGCAUCGAUGGAGGUCACUGGAUGUCACCUCUCCAACUGAAUUUUCAUCACGAAACUCACACGACACUGAUAGCUUAUCCAACUCACCGCACUCAAUGGAAGACGUGGAGGCUGAAAUGAGGAGGCUAAGGCUAGAACUCAAGCAAACAAUAGAAAUGUACAGUACUGCCUGCAAAGAAGCACUCACAGCAAAACAAAAGACAGUAGAGCUGCAGCGGUGGAAAUGGGAAGAAGAGCGGAGGUUGGACGAGGCACAUAUGGCUGAGGAAGCAGCAUUGGCCAUUGCAGAAAAGGAGAAGGCCAAGUCCAGGGCAGCCAUGGAGGCUGCUGAAGCAGCCAAGAGGAUAGCAGAACUGGAAGCACAAAAAAGAAUUAGUGCAGAAAUGAAAGCACUGAGAGAAGGAGAAGAGAAGAGGAAGGCACUUGAUGCUCUAGCACAUUCAGAUGUUAGGUAUAGGAGGUACUCAAUUACAGAGAUUGAAGCAGCUACUGAAUUUUUUGCCAUUUCCCGCAAGAUUGGAGAAGGGGGUUAUGGACCUGUAUAUAAGGGUCAUCUGGACCAUACACCUGUUGCAAUCAAGGUUCUUCGUCCAGAUGCAGCUCAAGGAAGGUCACAGUUUCAGCAAGAGAUUGAGAUAUUGAGCUGCAUUCGACAUCCCAACAUGGUUCUCCUCCUAGGAGCCUGCCCGGAAUAUGGGUGCUUGGUAUACGAGUUUAUGUCCAAGGGGAGCUUAGAGGAUCGUCUCUUCUGCAGAGGCAACACUCCACCUCUUUCUUGGCAGCACAGGUUUAAAAUUGCAGCCGAAAUAGGCACUGGCUUGCUGUUCCUCCACCAGACAAAACCAGAGCCACUGGUGCACCGUGACUUAAAACCAGGCAACAUCUUGCUUGACCGCAACUAUGUCAGCAAGAUUAGCGACGUUGGCUUGGCGAGGCUAGUGCCGCCGACGGUGGCAGACAACGUGACGCAGUAUCGAAUGACAUCGACGGCCGGCACAUUCUGCUAUAUAGAUCCAGAGUAUCAGCAAACAGGCAUGCUUGGAGUGAAAUCUGAUAUAUACUCCCUUGGAAUCAUGUUUCUGCAAAUGAUAACAGCCAAGCCACCAAUGGGAUUGACUCACCAUGUUGAAAGGUCUAUUGAAAAGGGGACUUUUGCCGAAAUGCUGGAUCAAGCUGUGCCGGAUUGGCCGGUUGAAGAGGCUUUGUGCUUCGCCAAACUGUCGCUCCAGUGCGCGGAGUUGAGACGAAAAGACAGGCCCGAUCUUGGGAAGGAUGUGUUGCCAGAGCUUGAAAGAUUGAGAGCAUUUGCUGAAGAAACUAUGCAUCACAGUUUGUUGAAUGGCAGUGCAGGCUCCUCACCACGCCACAGCCAAGUUUCCCUGCAGCUAGAUGGGGAUCUUCCACAUGCACAUUCUGGAGAGAGCUCCAGAACGCCAUCAACCACUCUUUGAUGACCAUCUUCUCUUAGCAUCUUUGAUUCAUCUCAAAGCUGUGUCCAAAGGGAUUGUAACCACAGGGGUGAAUUGUACAUUUUGUAGGUAAAUUGAUCAUCUUUGAUUCUCAAAGCUGUGUUGGCAGACUUCA